AUGGUUAUACUGAAAAAAUUCAAAGAUGCAAGAAAUACGUGCAAUAAUAAAAUUAGACAAGCAAAAACCGGUUAUUACCAUCAAUAUUUUAAAACAAAUUCGGGAAAUCCAAAAGAAAUUUGGAAAUCAAUCAAUGAGCUAAUGUCUCGUAAUGCUAAGUCAGACGAGAUCUCUCAUCUUACGUGCAAUGAUAGAGUGAUCAGUGACUCAGCUGACUUAACAGAGUGUUUUAAUAAUCAUUUUGCAGAAAUUGGGUUGAAAUUGAAACCUGAUGAACCGGAUGAAUUAAAUAAUUGUUUAGGUGAUUAUUUAAAACAAGCGGAUACGGUUUUCACGUUAGAUUUGACAACACCUAGUACUGUUUUUAAGUUACUCUCUUCAUUGCAGGAAGGAAAAGCAAUGGGUCUUGAUGAGAUUCCAGCUAAAUUGUUAAAAUGUGCGCGUCAGUGA